GAUAACAAGGGCUAAGGGCUUCAUGUCAGAGCUUUCCAGAGAAACAAUUUAGAAUCCUGAUUCCCUGCUACACAUUAACCCAUCAACUUCAGCCCUCGGUCCCAAAAGAAUAAAUCAUAAGCAGAUCUUGGUCUUCAUGAGAGUUUAUACCCCCUGCCUCUCAUUCUAACACCAAGCGCCCCUUUGGCUUGUUCUUUUAUCCGUCUCUCCAACUUGUUUACUCCAGCGUGAUCUCUGCCCCCUCUGGACUUGCUCUUCUCUGUGUCACCUGACAGGGUGGGGAAGUCGAUGUGUAUAUAGCCCCUGCCUCCUGUCAGGCCCGGAGUAGACGCCGAGGACAGCGACACUGAACAGCAGCUCGGUUCCUAGGCCACGUCCUCACUGCUGCCAUCAUGAAGCUGCUUGCAAUGGUUGCACUGCUUGUCACCAUCUGUAGCCUGGAAGGGGCUUUGGUUCGGAGGCAGGCAGAGGAGCCGGGACAGCCAGAUAUGCCGACCAUGUUCAGUCAGUAUUUUAAGGCCAUGGCUGACUAUGGCAAGGACUUGAUGGAAAAGGCCAAGAGCUCAGAGAUUCAGACCCAAGUCAGGUCUUACUUUGAAGAGACAGAAAAGCAGCUGACCCCCCUAGUCAAGACAGCCGGAACUGAUCUGAUGAACUUCCUCAGCAAAUGGAUGAACCUUGAGAAAGCAGCUCCUGCUGCUGCUAAGUGAGUUGUGCCCGGGCACCAGUCCUCCUGCCCCAGCUGCCCUACUGGCCUGCCCCAGAGCCAAUCUCUCUACCUUCUGCUGGUUUUCUACAAUAAAUGCGGAAGGAUCAA